CCCACCCCACCCAGCACCCCUGGCGCAGGGACUGCUGGAACCUGGCGGUGCGCGCUGUCGCUUUAAGACAGACUCUGCGGGCGCCGUCCGGAGCCUUAGAAACCGGCCCCGGAUCGUGAGCCGGAGCCGGAGCCGGGGCCGGGCGGGCGGCUGAGGCCCGAGCGGCGGCAGCGCAGCGCGGAGCCAGGCGCCGGUCGCGAGGAACUGCCUCCGCCGCAGCCCGCCCGGCCCCGCAGCCCCGGCGGUCCAUGGGGCGGUCGCGGCGUCGCUGCGGGCGCGGGCAGCCCUGCGGGGCAGCCGCUUAGGCGCAGCGCUCUUGUCCCCGCAGGUCGCAGCCAGGGCGGCCGGGCGCGCCCAGCCCCGGCCCCUGGAGCGCCCGCCGCGGUCCCCACCUCCAUGGACGCCUUCAAGGGGGGCAUGAGCCUGGAGCGGCUGCCGGAGGGGCUCCGGCCACCGCCGCCGCCGCCCCAUGACAUGGGGCCCGCCUUCCACCUGGCCGGCGCGGCAGACCCCCGAGAGCCGCUGGAGAACUCGGCCAGCGAGUCGUCCGACACGGAGCUGCCAGAGAAGGAGCGCGGCGGGGAACCCAAGGGGCCCGAGGGCAGUGGCGCGGGCGGCGCGGGCUGCGGCGGUGCGGAGGACCCCGCCAAGAAGAAGAAGCAGCGGCGGCAGCGUACGCACUUCACAAGCCAGCAGCUGCAAGAGCUGGAGGCCACGUUCCAGAGGAACCGCUACCCCGACAUGAGCAUGAGGGAGGAGAUCGCCGUGUGGACCAACCUCACCGAGCCGCGCGUGCGGGUCUGGUUCAAGAACCGGCGAGCCAAGUGGCGGAAGCGCGAGCGCAACCAGCAGCUGGACCUGUGCAAGGGCGGCUACGUGCCGCAGUUCAGCGGCCUGGUGCAGCCCUACGAGGACGUGUACGCCGCCGGCUACUCCUACAACAACUGGGCCGCCAAGAGCCUGGCGCCGGCGCCGCUCUCCACCAAGAGCUUCACCUUCUUCAACUCCAUGAGCCCGCUGUCUUCGCAGUCCAUGUUCUCGGCGCCCAGCUCCAUCUCCUCCAUGACCAUGCCGUCCAGCAUGGGCCCGGGCGCCGUGCCCGGCAUGCCCAACUCGGGCCUCAACAACAUCAACAACCUCACCGGCUCCUCGCUUAACUCGGCCAUGUCCCCGGGCGCCUGCCCGUACGGCACCCCCGCCUCGCCCUACAGCGUCUACCGGGACACGUGCAACUCGAGCCUCGCCAGCCUGCGGCUCAAGUCCAAGCAGCACUCGUCGUUCGGCUACGGCGGCCUGCAGGGCCCGGCGUCCGGGCUCAACGCGUGCCAGUACAACAGCUGACCGCCCCGCCAAGCCGCGGGGGCCGGCGGGGGCGGGGGACGCGCGCGGGGCCGCCGCUCACGCGUCUCGGCGCCGCUGCCCCCCACUCCCUCCUCCGGGUUGGUUUUGUGUUUGCUUUUCCGGACCCCACUUAGCCCUCCAAAACAAAACAAAAAAAGAAAGUAAAAAGACGUCGGAGAAAAGUGCCGCGCAAUAACGGAUGAGUUGCAAUUUCCCCCGGGAUGGCGCGGGUGGCGUGUGCGUGUUCCCGCGGGCCCCGGCGGCCCACCCCGCGGAGGGGACUCGGCACGGGAAGCGAGCGCCGAAGCCCGGCGGCCCGGAGAGGACGCCCUCGUAGCCCGCGUCCCCGCCGCGCCGGACCCGGACUGAGCGGCCGCGCCUGUGCGGAACCCAACGAGGAGCCGGGGUUCCCCGUCUCGUAAGACCCGCGACGCCUCUCUGAGCUGGGCCCGGCCGAGCGCACUGUAGCUCGAUUUGGAUCCGAGUUGGAGCAGGCGCUGGGCCGGGGUCUGGCGCUCGCUGUGGAGCCGCACGAGGCCCCGGCGCGCCCCGUAGAGCCCUCGCCGGCCCUGCGCCCCGGAGCCCUAGAUUAAGGCCACGGAGCUGCAGCGGACGGUGUGGACGCGGCGGGAGGACGGGGAGGGCUUGUCUCAGAGGACCCCAGCCCCCAAGCUUAGCCGCAGGCUCAGGCCCUCUGCUCGGCUUCUGGGCCAGGAGGACGCCCCGUCCCAGCGAAGAGCCCCUUCCUCGCCGCCCGCCGCGCAAGAGUGGAGCCGGCGGGGCGCGGCCCCCGGGCCCUGAGCCCACUUUGCACACCCGCUCUCCGGCCCGCGCCCCUGUUUACAGCGUCCCUGUGUAUGUCGGACUGACUGUAUAGAAUUAUAAAUUUGUCUAUAUCGACUUGUCCAUGUACGUCUAUUAAAACCAUAGUCCGAGCGUGCUAAGCA